ACGAGGGAGGGUGGACGUGGGUAGCGUACCUGCCACUCCCGCCCCUUCUGGUCAAAAAAAAUUGUGGCGACGCGCAUUUGCAUAUGCCUAAAAAAUGUGUUAAAAUAUAAUGCAGUGAUUGUUUUGUAUUCUGUGAAUAGCUGUACCGGCAAACAGUAGUUAGAAGUUGUGUUUACAAUGGAAUUAUAGAGGAAAAAGUUCAUUGAACCAUAGGAAUGAAAACUCAGUAGGGUUUCACAGCGUUAGUAAAGAUCAGAAACAUUACGAAGUGGAAUGUGUGGGCGGAGGUUUGGACGUGGGCGUGUGUUGGUGUGGGCGGCCGCCGCUGUGGCGUUGUGUGCUGUGGAAGUGGACGGAGGAACGGAAGCGGAGAUUCUGGAGGCGCUUGACGAGGCUGCUGCUGAAGGUUCCUGGGGUUACGUUCCUCUCAGCGGACCUUACAUAGACGUUCAUCACUCCGGGAACGUCACUGCUCAGGUCGGCUCGACGGCCGUACUCAACUGCCGCAUUCUGUACAUCGUGGGCAAGCCGGUGUCGUGGAUGAGGGCCAGGGACCUUCACCUCCUGACGGUGGGCCGGUUCACCUACACUAGCGACGAGCGGUUCAAAGCGGUCCACCAGGCCGGUUCGCAAGACUGGCUGUUGAAGAUUUAUUACGUUCAACACCGGGACGCUGGUCCAUACGAGUGUCAGGUGUCAACCACGCCCCCUAUGACACACACUGUCUGGCUGACUGUUGUGGAGCCACAGACAGUGGUGCUAGGGGGCCCAGAGCUGUAUAUCAACGCAGGCUCUGCUAUCAACCUCACCUGCCUGGUGAGACACAGCCCAAAGCCACCUCCGUAUAUCUUCUGGUACCACGAUGAUGUAUUGUUGAGUUACGACUCUGGACGGGGAGAAGUGACCGUGACGACAGAGGACGGGAAAGACACGGCCUCCAGGCUCUUGAUCCACCACGCUGGAGCACAGAACUCUGGCCGCUACACCUGUUCUCCCGCCACCGCACCCGCUCACUCCAUCACCCUACACGUCAUUAACAGUGAGAAGCCAGCAGCGAUACACCACAAGAAUACAACUACAAACUCCUCUGAAGGAGGGAGUGCUGGCCACCUUCCUGCUGGCCCUCUCCAUCUCCUGCUGGUGGGCCUCCUGCCGCUUCUGCUCACAACAGGAGGCCAGGACCUGCUGAAUGCUCUGGGGAGGACGUUGGCGUGGUGGAGGGCGUGGUGGAGGGCGUGGGUAGGGGCGUGGUGGUGGUGGUGGUGGUGGUGGGAGGGAGACAGGUCCUCACCGUCUCCCUCAACCAACUUACCUGACUCUUUGACGAGAUAAAAGUAUCACGAGGCUCUAGUUGCGUCUUAAGUUCCCUGCUGCUGUUGCUGCUCCUGCUGCUGCUGUUGCUGCUGCUGAUGAUGAUGUUGCUGCUGCGACAGCUCUGCAGGAAAGGUGCUGUGCCACUGUUGAAACUCUCUUUGUAAUAUAAAUGAUGCAAAAAACUGCGGAAUACAGACAGUAAAGUUAAUGCGAUUGUUUCUCUGGGAGGUGUGAGGCAGUGUAGAGGCAGCGAGCAACCAGGACUGUGGGAGUGACCUGGUCAGCUCAGAGAGAGAGAGAGCGAGGAAGAGGAGACCAAGUCAAGUAGAGAGAGGAGUAAGAGAAGGAAGAGGAGGCCAACAACCUAGCACUAGGACAAUGGAGGCCUUUCCAGAAGGACAAGCUGAGGACACAGACACGCCCUGAGGACACACACUCUCCCUGAGGACACAGACACGCCCUGAGAACACAUCUUCCGGAAACCCGAGACACUCGCCUCCAGGUGAUGGGGGAAGAAGCUGCCAAGCCAAGAAGGCCAUAAUGGUGUUAGUAUAGUGUAACCGGAGGGUAAUUUAGCUCUUAUUUCUGGUAGGUGCUCAGUCCUGACUCCUGGCCAGUGUUUACUUACGUGUUACCAGGCGGACACUGAGACACUUUUUGUACUUCAUCGUCAACAUAAGUUUAACAUGAACACACCUGUGGGAAAACUCGUUUUCUAAGAUGAGACUAAAUGUGGUUUUGUGAUACAACGUGAAAUGAAAGAUCGCAGUGUUUAAAAUAGUGUUUAACUCGUAAGAGAGAGCCUUAAAGAAAUAAGGCCUUAAACAUAAGUGUCUUCCCGUAAAGCUCUUCAGCUGGACAUUUUCUUGAUCUAUUUCAUAAAUAGGGAGAAUAUAUACAUUGUAACACAAAUAUAAUUUGUAGAAGGCGUAAAAUGUGGGAAAAUAGAGGAUUUAAUUGUCUAUUUUUACCUGUACAAUAAAGAAAUAUACCUUUAUUAACUGUCUCAGGAAAUUUGAGAAGGAAAGUAUAUAUAUGGAAAUUAUUCAUGGAUUGCCAGUAAGACAACAACAGGAAUAUUGUCUUAUCCUGUCACUGGAAGAGAAGCCCAGGUAUAAUGUGUGAGAAAUUAAUAUGAGAUCAGGUAAAGUAUUAUUUGUGUGUGAGAGACGGUCAGUAAUAGUGCACGCUAAGUAGUGAUGGUCAGGGGUAAGUACACACACACACACACACACACACACACACACACACACACACACACACACACACACACACACACACACACACACAUACACACACAUACACACACAUACACACGUUACUGCCUCCCAGAUCUCUCAGUAGUUCAUGGAAUUUUGUCAAAUUAAAUGACUUAAUCAUUGAUAGGACCAAAAGUCCCCAGUGUGUGUGUGUGUGUGUGUGUGUGUGUGUGUGUGUGUGUGUGUGUGUGUGUGUGUGUGUGUGACAUCUAGCCCUGACAUUUGUUCUUAACUUUCAGUUUUGACUCGUAUCCACGAAACCUGGUCCUGUGUUCUAUCAAUUGAUCAGUAUCCUCUGAUUCUAAUGUUCAUUGAUCACUAUCCUCUGAUUCUAAUGUUCAUUGAUCACUCUCCUCUAAUUCUAAGAGUCAUUGAUCACUAUCCUCUAAUUCUAAUGCAAUAGUAUUUUCACAUCAUAUCAAAUCUUUGGGAAUCUAACGUUCUUUGAGAUCUUAGAGUCCUGUGAGCUCUUAGAAUCCUGUGAGAUCUUAGAGUCCUGUGAGCUCUCAGAGUUCUGUGAGCUCUUAGAGUCCUGUGAACUCUUAGAGUCCUGUGAGAUUCUAGAGUUCUUAGACUCCUUAGAGCUUUUGGAAUCUUUGAGAUCAUAGAAUUCUUUGAAUUUUGAGGACAUGUUGAGUUCUGAUGGAUGAGUUCUUGGGAGUCUCUGAGUUCUUGGGCCUUGAGUUCUAGGAAUUUUUUGUGUUCUAGGGAUUCUUUGAGUUCUUGAGCAUUGAGUUCUACGAAUUCUUUGAGUACUAGGGUUUCUUUGAGUUCUAGGGAUUAUUUGAGUUCUUUGGAUUCCUUGAAUUUUGGGGCUUUGAGUUCUUUGGGACCUUUGAGUUUUGGGGUUCCUUUUAGGCAGUCACAUCGUUUCAGUUCUUGGGUUAACCUGAACUCUUUAACCACCGAGGUAUUUGAUAACACUGGGAAUUUAGGGUUCUUUUUGCUGCUUCAAGAUCAUAGGGUUCAUCGGGUCCUUAAAGUCGCUUAGAAUUUUCAGAAUCUUAGUAUCUUUUGUAUUCUUAAGGGUCUUUAUUUUGUGAAGUCAUCAAGACCUUCAAUUUCUUUUCGCUUUUUAAUCUUUUAGGUUUUUUUUAGUUCAUUUUUAAGUAGUUAACUGCUUAUUAGUCCUAUGAUUUUCUGGGUCCACCAUGGUCCUUGAAUUAUUUGGGACCUUGUAGUCUUUCAAGUUCCUUUAGGUUCUUCAAGUCUUUUUGGGGAGGGCUUUGAUGACAAGUCUUUCAGGUUCUUUCGGGUUCUUCGUGGGGCGUUAGAAGAGUGUAGAGGCAUUGAUGUCCAUCUGUACCUGUUUUACAUAAGAACAUAGAACAUACGAAACGAGGAACACUGCAGCACGCCUACGGGCCCAUACCUGGCAUGUUCUUGUCAAACCCAAACUCACUACAAAAUAUUACCCAAGGAAUAAGCUCUGAUGACGGUAUUAACUCAAGUGCAAGCCCCAAUCAAAUCCAACCUCUCUCAUUCAUGUAUUUAUCUAACCUAUAUUUGAAGUCAAGGUUUUAGCUUCAGUAACCCAGCUAGGUAGACUGUUCCACUCAGCCACUAAUCUAUAUCCAUACCAGUACUUUCUGUAUCCUUUCUCAAUCUAAAUUUAUCUAAUUUGAAUCCAUUAUUUCGAGUUCUUACCUGAAGGGAUAUCCACGUGCUGGAGCCCGGAAUAGGCCGUAUCUCCCUCAUCUACUCCUUCAGGAGUAGGGAGGCUUAGGAGGAAGGCUUGUAACGAAGAUACGCAAGACAGCGUAGUGCAGGGCUGGAAGACGGAGUAGUCACUGUAAAUAUAAAAAGGUAAAUAAGCCCGAUUCACAAAAUCAGCAUAAAAUAAUGAAGGAAGGUAACGAAUAAGCAGAAGAAAGGACCGGGUUUAACACCAAGUACCUUCUUCAUUUUAUUUGAAUCUGAUUCACGUUCAGGCAAGCAGGACCACCAGGAGAGGUGUACGUGUACAACAUUAGUGGUGUACACUAUGUGUGUGUACAAUGUGUAUACAUAUUCAUUACGUUCGCGCAUCAUAGAGUGUAUACAUAUUCAUCCUGAGUGUACGUUCAUGUGCAAGUAUACCCAUCAUGCGUGCCCAUGUUAUUUCAUACACGCGUAUACAUCCUUUGCCUUUGUGCAUGUGUAUGCAAAUUCAUCUAACGUGCGUAUAUUCAUCCUGUGUGCGUAUGUUCCUUUGUACGUGUGGUCUUGAGGAAAUAUGUGUAACCCAAAUAGACAAUUUUGCGU